CUGGUAUCAAAUUAUACUACUAAACUGAUAAUGGUUGACGUUCUGGAAUUUUUAUUUUGAUUAGGAAUAUCAAAGAAAGAAUGGAGAAAUUAAUGAAAUGAAGCGUUGUAUCUAUAUAAAAAUUGAAUAUAAUCGAUAGUAAACUACUUUAUUACUACAUUCAAAAUGGAUUCUAUGGAUGAAGUUGAUGAAGUUACCUGCCAGUCAAAAUUUCAUAAUGAUUUAGAUUUUAGAAUACAUGACUGGAUUAAAAAAUUUGAGUGUAAAACUCUUGAUUCUAAUGAACUGAGAGUCCACUGGGCACAAUAUGUUCCAGCAAUUUAUAGUCCAACAUUUGAUUGUGAUUGUUUGAAUUUAACGUAUGAUGAACAAAAGGCUGAACAUCUUUUAUUUAAUCCCUUAGAAAGAUUUAUUACUCAGUCCAAUGAACCUAAAAAGGUAUUUGAAGAAAUUAGAAAUGUGGAAUGCCCUCCUACUCUCUGUGGACGAGUUUUUAAAGCAAGCGAACCAACAUAUUCAUGCAGAGACUGUGGACUUGAUCCAACAUGUGUUUUAUGUGUUGACUGUUUCAAAAACAGUGCACACAAAACACACAGAUACAAAAUGAGUAUGAGUAGUGGUGGAGGUUACUGUGACUGUGGAGAUGAGGGUGCCUGGAAAGCUCAUGCAUUUUGCGAAGUUCAUCUUCAAGCCAAAAUUCAGGCCAGUGAGGGAGCUACUCCAAUGGACAAACUUCCAGUUGAUUUAGUUGAGAGAAUGCGAUUUGUAAUGAAUACUGUAUUAAAAUACUCUUAUCAAAUGCUGACUUGGGAACAUGCAAUCAAUCUUCCUGUCGAUUUACAAUCUCAAAAGAAAAAUGAUGAAAGUAAUAUGACUUAUGCAGCUGUGUUAUUUAAUGAUGAAGUACACACUUAUGAACAAGUGAUUCAGACAUUAGGACGUGCUAUUGCCUGCUCACAAAAGGAAGCAACUGAUUUUGCUACAAUUAUUGAUCGAGAAGGUAGAAGUAUCGUAAAAUGUUCUAACUUUACAACUUGUAAUUCAGUGCGGCAUAUUAUUGAACGUGUUACGUCAAGGCAUGGCAGUCAGCCUCUGAAGGUUAUGGUGAUGCACACAGAUGUUUUGGCUCAUCAAACUUUUGCAAUGCGUUUACUAUCUUGGCUACAACAGAUACUAGCGUAUAGUGAAGGUUUUCGAAUUAUAUUUAGUGAAGUUAUGAUGACUCCUGCAGAUUCAGAUUCUCCUUUAUUAGAAAAUGUUUUAUUAAGUGACACUCAGCUAUGGAAAACUGCUCGGAAUCAGUGGCAUCAACUGUUUAUAACUGGAAUGUUAAUGGAGCAACAAUGUAAAAAGACUUUUGCAAAAGUAUUUACUAAAAAUUAUCCAGUUUUGGUAAAAGAUUUUAUAGCAGAUGAUCAUGAACAUUCAAUGUCCAUCACUUCAUUAUCAGUUCAGGUAUUUACAUUACCUCUUGCUCAUACACUCAUUAGGGAAGAAGAUGCUAUGUUUGUUCUUUUAAAAACAUUUUUAUCAGAAUGUGAACGUAACCGAAAUGAGGAUGGUAAAUUAGCAUUUGAGAGAAAUCACUCAAAUCCUAGCUUUCGUAGAGCUCAGUAUGUACUGUAUGAUGUGAAAUAUUUACUAACUGUGACACCCGAAGAAUGGACAGAUGGAAUGAGAAAAAAUUUUCUUCAUGGAACCCAUUCUUUGUUGACUUUAUUAAACUGGAUGCAAGGAAUGGAUUCAGUUGUAAGACAAGUUGGUCAACAUGUUGAAUUUGAAGCAGAAUGGGAAACUGGAAUUAAUCUACAACUGAAAUUAGCAUCUGUUGUGACUUUAACUUUAAAAUGGUGUGGAUCAGACAGGCUUGUUUUAAUAAAAGCACUCAGAGCUGCCCAAAGACAUUUUGGAACAUUACAAGAUAAAAUGGUUUAUGUUGAUAGAGAAAUUCUUGGACACAGUGCAUCCUGUAUUGAUUAUGAUAUAUCUAGUAUGCCUGUAACAGUUCACAUUCCCUUGUCAAGAUUCAUUGCUGGAUUACUUCUACAUUUAGAAAAGUAUGGAUUGAAUUACCAUUCUCCUGAGUUUGAAAAUAAAUCAAGUCCUAAACAAUUAAUGGAGCUUCCUUUGAGGACACUUGUAAUGAUGGCUCAGUUUCGAGCAGGAAUGUGGAGGAGAAAUGGUUAUUCUUUGUUAAAUCAGGUUUAUUUUUAUCACAAUGUGCGUUUACGUGAUGAAAUGUAUGAUCGCGAUAUUAUGAUGGUACAAAUUGCAGCCUCUAUGAUAGAAAGUAAUGAAUUUUUAAUCCAUCUCAUAAACAAAUUUAAUUUAUUGUUUUGGAUUGAUGAAUGUUAUGAUGCUGCUCAUCGAAAAUCUGAAGAUGAUCUUACUCGACAAACUGUAACUGUUGCUGAAGAAUUUUUAGGAUUGAUAUUAACAAUUGUAUGUGAAAGAUAUACUCCUGGAAUUGGAAAUGUUACUGAAGCUGAUAGAAUCAAAAAGGAGAUAAUACAAUUAUUAUGUAUUGAAUCAAUGCCCCAUAGUCAGUUAUUUAAAUUAUUACCUAAAGAUCCAAACUAUGAGACAGGGAUGGAAGAAGUUAUCAAUGAAGUUGCUGUUUUCCGUAAACCUCAAGGUUCUGCUAUUGGAAAGUAUGAAGUAAAACCAGAAUUUUAUAAAGAUUUUAAUUCAUUUUAUUAUCAUUAUACAAGAGAAGACCAGUCAAGAGCAGAAGAAGUUCAAUUAAGAAGAAGAAGAGCAAUUAAUGAAGAAGAAUGUUGUCCUCCACCUGUACCUCCUCAAUUUUGUUCAAAUUUUUCCUCAAUUAUUAAUAUUCUGCAAUGUGAUAUUAUGCUACAUAUAACUAGACUAGUAUUAAAGAGAACUAUAAAUUUGCAGUCUGCUGCAUACUCAGAAACACAGUUUGAAAAAAUAUUACAUUUGAUUGGAUUGGCAUUACAUGAAGAACAACAAGUUUUGGAAGGUAAAGCAAAUAUAGCAUUUUCAUAUAUUGAAAAAUCUCAAAAAAUGGACAUCCUUCAAUAUCUAGAAGAAUGUCUGAACUGUCCUCGAAUUGAAGUUCAGAAAGAUCUUUUAAAGUGGACUAUAAGAAAAUUUAAAUAUGUUCAGAGUUUAAGAUCAAAAGGUGAUUUUAAUACUAUUGAAAUGGAAGAAUCUACUUCAAAUGUUUCUCAGAUUGCAGAAACAUCAAAGAGAGAUAGGAAACGCAAUGCUGAAUUAGCUGCUGCCCGUAAAGCAAGAAUAAUGGCUCAUAUGUCAGCAAUGCAAAAGAAUUUCAUUAAAGAGCAUGCAGAAUUGUUUAAGGAAGCAGAAUUAGAAGAAUUAUCUAUGUCUGGUUCUCAGAUUGAAACAACAACAGAAAUGCAAACAGAUAAUCCAGUUGCAAUAGGAAAUCAACAAAAGAAACGAAGUGUUAGCAAUCAGGUUUUCACUUGUAUUUUGUGUAGAGAAGAUCAGGAAGUAAGCUUGGCAGGGCCGGCAUUAGUUUUAGCUGCAUUUGUACAGAGAUCUACUGUUCUGUCAAAAAAUCGAAAACACAUUUUAAGUGAUGCAGAAAACUAUGAUCCUUUACUUGUUCCAGCUGAUUUAUUUUCAGGACCUCAUACUAUAACUUGUGGACAUGUUAUGCAUAGUGAUUGUUGGCAGAAAUUUUUUGAUUCUGUUCUCAAGAAAGAAAGACGUCGUCCAUUGAGAUUUGGACGUCAUAUCAGUUUUGAUGUUGAUAAAAACGAAUUUUUAUGUCCCCUCUGUGAAUGCCUCAGUAAUAGCGUUAUUCCAUUGGUUCCAUCAAUGUCAUCUUUAAUUCAGGAUGAUUGCUUAAAGACUGUUGAUAUUUCUAUUGAUGAUUGGAUCUUUGCAAUGCAUAAAGCUGUAGAAAAAGUUUAUGUUCAUCAGAUUGAAGAUCCUUCUUCUGAUGCUGACAGUGGAGAAAAAUUUAUUACUCAUUACAAACCAGCUUCAUUGGAAGAAAUAGCUCCUAGUUUAAGUUCUGAAGUAUAUGAACAGUUGUGUACUUUAUAUGAAUGCUAUAAUCAGUUUACGGAAAAUAAGAAUAUUGUAUUCUCAGAAAGCUUACUAGAAAUGAUGAAAUUGUUUUCUCAAGCUACGUAUAUUAUUGGUUUAAAUCUCCAUCCUUAUCCAGAUGAUGAUCGUGUACCAUUGACUGCUUGGUGGUCCUGUUCCUAUACAAUUCAUGCUAUAGAAUGGCUCCUUCGAGAUCAGGGAAAACCAUUAUUUGGUGAACUGUCGUCCCGCAAUUCAAACUGUCUGCAAGCGAUAAUACGUUUUGUUAGCUCAAGUUUGCAAGUAUUCGAUGCUCAAACAAUUCGAAGCCAUGGUGUGAGACUGUUGCGUUUUUUACUUCUUAGUGAAAAUCAUUUGUACAGUCCACAAUGCUGUAUAGAAGUUGAUGCUUUCUCUUUGUUAAUAUCCCUUGCUUUGACUAUGCCAAAUUUAUUUGGUAAUGAAGAAGCCAAAUCUACAUCUAAACCAGUGCCUUUUCCUAUGGGCAAUAUUUUAGAUCAGCAUAUUUUACAACUAGUUUUUGUCUUUCAUCUUGUUCAAUUACUUCUCACAUACCAGUUUCCUGAUGAAGAACUAAUGGAAACAGAUUCAUGUGAUGAAAGUAAUCAAGAUAUUGAAGAGAAAGUAACAUCUCACUUCUAUAAGGAACUUGUAUUUGCAGCAGGAAUGACACAAGAGAAACCUAUGCCAUCUGAUAUACAAAUUGUACAAUGCAUACAAGAAGGAAUGCUACCAUUUCUAAGAUGUAGUGCACUUUUCUAUCAUUUUAUUACUGAUAUUCCUCCUCCACAGCAAUUACAGCAGUUAGAUAGUAAUGAAUAUCAGCAUUUAUGCCACUAUCUAGGCCUCCCUAUCUACAUCAGUGAAAUAUUAAAGUCAUCUUCUUUGAAACAGCUAGCUCUCAAUUGGGCUAGACAUCCAAGAAUACUACAUCUUUUAAAUAUGAAAAGAAAUAGGAGUGAGAAUACAGAGGUUUCAACAAGUGAAUCUGUCACCAACAGUUUAGUAAUCCAUCCACUAACUGUUAACCAAUUAGUUGAUUUACCUGCAGAUUAUAGUGAACUUAUAAAUGGUGUUUCGCUAUUUACCUGUCCAAAUUCUGAUGGUGAUGACAGCAGAUCUCCAACCAUGUGCCUUGUAUGUGGGGAGAUUUUGUGCUCACAAAGUUACUGUUGUCAAACAGAACUAGAAAAUGACAGGCUCGGUGCCUGCACUUAUCAUGCUCAUUUUUGUGGUGCUGAAGUGGGUAUUUUUCUUCGUAUACGAGAUUGCAAAAUAUUACUUUUGGCACGCAAAACUAAAGGUUGUUUUAUGCCACCACCAUAUGUUGACGAUUAUGGUGAAACAGAUCAGGGAUUAAUAAGAGGAAAUCCACUUCAUUUGUGUCACGAACGUUAUAAGGAACUUCAUCGACUCUGGUUAAAUCACGGUAUUCCUGAACAGAUUGCUCAUGUGUUAGAGCAGUCAACAAGUUUAUCUGUAACUAACUGGCAACUAUUAUAAAUGAAUAGGAAUAACACGGUACAAGUUUUUUAAUCAGUAUAUGUUAUACAUAUUAAUGUGUAAUUUUAAAAUAUAGUUUAUACAGCAAAAAAGGCUUGUUUAAAUUAUUAUUAUUAUAUUAUUUUGUUCAUAUUUUUAUCUUGAAGUAUAAUGUGAUAAAAGAAUAAA